AUGGAAGCCCUAGUUGAGUUUAAUUAUGUCGCACAGGAACCCGAUGAACUGACAAUAAGAAAAGGAGACAUUAUUAAAGAUGUCAAAAUAAUGUCUGAAGGCUGGUGGGAAGGCACACUCAGAGAUAAGCGCGGAAUGUUUCCUGAUAACUUUGUCAAGGUCGAAGAGGGCUGGUGGACUGGGCGGCUCAGAGGACGAGUCGGUGUUUUUCCUUCUAAUUUUGUAUCUGCUCCGGCUCCUGCUGAGGACACCAAGGAGAUGUGUCUGGUGCUCCUGGACACCCGGACGGCGAACGCCGACCGGAAAAGUGUCAGUCCCAUAUCUCCGGUGCUAGGAUCUUCCUCGAGUUCUUCCUCGACUUUGCCGGAGAAGAAAGCCAGUUCCUCGCCAAUCUCUCCGGGGAUCAAGCGGCUUACCAAGUGUGAGGAUGUCAGUCCUUCUCAGGUCGACUCUGGGGAUCAUAAUGAGGGGAUUGAUGAGGAACUUGAUGGAGUUGAGAGGGAAGAGGAUACUCCAUUGCUUCAUCUUACUGCUUCGAGAAUAGAGGAAUUGAAAUUCAACCAGAAAAAAAUCCUAUCAACAGACAAGCCGGACAAAGCCGAAGUAAAAAAAGAAAAGAACCACUUACACGAAAACCACUCACCGGUUCAAAAUUCCGAAGCAACGGAACAGUUCCAAGAACCAGGGUUCCAGGAACUUCAGCGCCUCCAGAACAAAGACACCAGUUCCGGGUACCAACGCAGCAAUUCUCACCUCGCUGGUCCAGUUUCUCCUAUCUCUGGAACUCCAGCUUACGUUCCUUACCGCCUUUACAGCCAGUUACUUGAACGGAUUGCGACACUCGAAGAAAGACAAACAGUAUUACAACGAAUGGUGGUUCAAUUGUCCGAGCAAGUGGGCCCUCUGUUGACAAAUUUACCUGGCAAUAAAUCUUAA